GACACGGUGGCGCUGUGACGCUCAUUCCACGGUUAAACCUGCCGGCGACGAAGCUGGAGAACUCGGCAGGGAGAGAAUCCUGUCAGCAUCGAACUGUGUCCAGCCGAAACCCGCCGCUCACUGCCGACUAUGCAUCCCGGCCAGCGUGCUCCCUGACACCGCGCGGUACACACGAGAAGCCGGCGGAGCUGCCUGAAGCUUUCCGACUGAACGACGCGCACUCGCCGGGGCUUUAGGGCUUCUCGGCUCCGCUGGAGAUUGUGAGCCCGUCCAGCAGCAGCAGCAGCAGCAACAACAGCAGCUGGCUAACGAGCUAACGAGCGUUAGCAACCACCCACUCAGACAGGCACACCGGAAAGGCCGCUGCUGGCGCUGCCGCACCCGGUGUGGAUUUAACUUUCUCCGGCCGCCUCGUCCCGGACUGAACCGACAGAAAGUCGCUUUAGACACCGAUAAACGUAUCAUAACACAUCGGUAAGAAUGGACACGCCUCUGGGGAUGAGCGAGGAGGAAUGCUUGGCAACUGUGAGAGGUCAGGAGCUGAGGUCUGGCCAGAAGGAGUCCAGACUACUGUCACUUAUUGAGCGCAGUGGAGAGUUUAUAUUGGGUGUGUUGGCCACCCCUGACGCUGUCGUGUCUCGUCCAGUGGCUCAGCUGUCUAUACCCAUCAAUGGUAACUUUGAAAUAGUUCGAGAAGCAGAUGAAGCUCUCCUUAUUGACUUCUCGGUGAAUUCUUUUGUCAGGGUACGAAUUAAAGGUGAAAAAGCCCCCGAGCUGCUGUUGGAACUGCAGGAUGAUGAUCGGACUCAAACCUUCUUAACCCAGCUGAAAAGUGCGCAGCAGCAAGUUGAACCGAAAGUCCCAAAACUAAAAGCGAUGGAGCCCCUCGCCCCAACGACUCCGAGGGGUCCGGUCCCCAUCCCACCACAAAGAAUAAACAAGCCUGCUAACUCUGUUGGCCCUGGAGGUAACCCAUCCAAACCUGUCCCUGCACUGCCUCCCAACCACCACAACAGCACUACAACAAAGACAGAUCCAGCUCAGUCGCUUGCCUCAGACUUUGGCUUUGAAGACAGCUUCAACCACGCUCUCAAAGUGGAGGAAAAGAAGAACCACCAGAAUCGCAUAGUUGCCUCCAGGGACCCUCCUCCCGUUCCCCCUCUGCCUCCUCGCAAAGCCUCUUACACUCCAUCCAAUCCUCUGCCUCCUGCACCAGUCCCUAAAGAGAGAUCUGUCUCCAUACAGGCCAAAGACAACUCCUUAAACACCAAGCCAGAUAGUUUCAGGUCAGGUGGGUUUGAUCGUUUGGACCGACCACCAUCUUGGUGUGAGAGCCCCACCACCAACAGCAUGAGGCAGACCAUGUUCUCCAGCCAGGCAGGCCAAAGAGAAUACCUCAUCAAACACCGUCUGGGCAAGAAGGAGAAUGAAUAUGUGGACAUCCAAACAUUUAGGUUUUUCACAGGUACGUGGAACGUGAACGGUCAGUCUCCAGACAACACCCUUGAGCCAUGGCUCUCCUGUGACACAGAACCUCCUGAUAUAUAUGCUCUGGGUUUUCAAGAGUUGGACCUGAGCACUGAAGCUUUCUUCUACAUGGACUCGUCCAAGGAGCAGAUAUGGGUGGAAGCUGUGGAGAAAAGUUUGCACCCAAAAGCCAAGUACAAGAGGGUUCGGAUCAUACGACUCGUUGGGAUGAUGCUUGUGGUCUUUGUCAAAAAGAUUCACAAAAAUCACAUUAAAGAAGUGGCUGCAGAGCAUGUUGGGACUGGGAUCAUGGGGAAAAUGGGGAACAAAGGAGGCGUUGCUGUGAGGUUCGUUUUCCACAACACGAGUUUCUGCAUUGUAAACUCUCAUCUAGCAGCACACGUGGAAGACUUUGAGCGCCGCAACCAGGACUACAAAGACAUAUGUGCCCGCAUGACCUUCCACUUACUGGAACACCCCCCUCUCAGUAUCGUCAAGCACGAUGUAGUGAUCUGGCUCGGGGAUUUGAAUUAUCGCCUGUUCAUGUAUGAUGCUGCUGAAGUCAAGCAGCUCAUUUCACAGAAUGAGUUAAAGAAGCUUCAGGAGGUGGAUCAGCUGAACAUUCAGAGGCAGACGAAGAGAGCCUUCACAGAUUUCAUGGAGGGAGAUAUUAACUUCAUUCCCACGUACAAGUACGACCCCAAAACAGAUCGAUGGGACUCAAGUGGGAAAUGCCGUGUCCCGGCUUGGUGUGACAGAAUCCUUUGGAGGGGCAACAAUGUCAAGCAGCUCAAAUACCGAAGCUGCAUGGAGCUUCAAACAAGUGACCACAAACCCGUCAGCUCCCUCUUCACUGUAGGGGUAAAGGUUAUAAAUGAGCAGCGGCACAAAAAGGUGUUUGAGGAGAUUGUUCGAGUGAUGGACCGAAUGGAGAAUGAUUUCCUUCCAUCUGUAUCUCUGAGCCGGCGAGAGUUUGCAUUUGAGAAUGUGAAGUUCCGACAGCUUCAAAAGGAGCGUUUCCUAAUAACCAAUGACGGGCAGGUCCCCUGCCACUUCGCCUUCAUCCCCAAACUCAAUGACUCACAAUAUUGCAAACCCUGGCUGCGUGCCGAGCCAAGUGAUGGAUUCUUAGAGCCCUCUGAGACCCUGGAGAUUUUUCUGGAGGUGUACGUCAGUAAAGACUCGGUCACGCUGCUGAACUCUGCAGAGGACUCCAUAGAGGACAUUCUGGUGCUCCAUCUGGACCGUGGCAAGGACUACUUCAUUACCAUCUCAGGCAACUACCUGCCCAGCUGCUUUGGCACCUCGCUGGAGACUCUGUGCCGCAUGAAGAAGCCCAUCAGAGAGAUCCCCAUCACCAAACUCAUUGACCUGGGAGAGGACAGCUUCAUGGAAAAGGAAAAGUCAAAGGUGAGCUUCCUGAUGGCGGAUGGUGCAAGUACUGAGGACAAACCUCUGAAGAUCCCCAAGGAGGUUUGGAUCCUGGUCAACCACCUCUUCACCAAGUCCUGUGAUCAGGAGGACCUGUUCCAGACACCGGGCCUACAAGAGGAGCUGCAGAGCAUCAUCGACUGUCUGGACACCAGCAUCCCCGACUCCAUCCCCGGUUGUAACCACUCUGUGGCCGAGGCUCUGUUGAUCUUCUUGGAGGCGGUGCCAGAACCAGUGGUUUGUUAUGAGCUCUACCAACGGUGCCUCGAGUGCGCUCACGACAGCCGCCUCUGCAAACAGUUGAUCUCCCAGUUGCCUCGGGCUCACCGCAACGUGUUCCGCUACUUAAUGGCCUUUCUGAAGGAACUUCUCAAGCACUCACACAACAACAACCUGACGGCCAGCCUCAUAGCCUCCCUCUUUGCCAGCCUCCUUAUCCGACCCCCUCCCAACCUGGUGGGCAGGCAGACGUCACACGAGCGGCAGAAAGCCAUCGACUUUGUUCUGGGUUUCCUCAUGGCGGGAGACGAGGAGUAAACAAGGUCAAGACUCCCUCACAGCAUCUGUAGGGUUUGGACUUAAACUCUCUACCUGACUUUACAUUUGGCACAGGACCUUGACCCAUAGGACUGUGUCCACACGAUCCACUUGGUAUUCUGUCGUCUGUGCGGAGACCAGUGCAGCUGUCCUGCACCACACCUGACACAAACUCUCAUGUAAGAGCUACCACAGACUGACUUUAGAAAUGGGACGACGUUACCAAGUGUCAUAUCUUCACUGACAGUCUGACCGUUCACUGGAUUUGGGAGAACUGGGCAGAGGUUUGGACUGAUGCCUAUGCACUUUCAGAUGACCCACAGGACCUGUGCCUCCUCAUCCUCAGCUGACCUUUCUUACUGUCGGUGCUCAUGCCAAAAUAACCCCUGAAUAGUUAGUGGUAUGAAUGUAAAAACACUAUGUAUUCAUAAAUGCUAAGGAAAAGACUCAAUCACACUAAAAGAAGUAGAAGUAGACUGAAUUAAAAGAACAAACAUCGGCUUUAAAAUUAAAACCAAUGUUUUAAUGUUGUGGCUGAUGGUUUCUGACUGAUCAAAGCAUUAAAUAGAUGUAAGUAAAUAAAGAGGAUAAUUGUGGAAAUCUAUAACAAAGAAUGUUUAAGCUUAAGAUAAAUCAUGACAAUCAUCAUUUUAUUUGAGGGGACAGCAUUGAGAUAUCCAAGAUCAUUUUUGUUGUCAUGUUUUAACUGUUAUUUAUAUAUUUUUUUCUUCCAAGUUUGCACCAUGUGAAUAGAUGUAGAUUCAUACGACAGUACAGUUUGUUUUCAGCUCUGCCUCUGUUCAAUGGAAAUAUUCCUCAUUUUUUUAUCAUCCUUUUUAUCAAACUUUCUCGUGAGCCUCUCAUCUCGUUUUGCCAGUUCCUGCUGAGUUACAAAACAAGUCUGUUAGCACACCAACUAACUUCCUGGUCGACCGGAAUCAAGAGUGGCGCUCUGUGGUGUUCGGUGUCUUAAAUGGUGUAAAUACUGCUGUGAUUGUUUCAUGUGACCGUUGGUAUGGUGGUGCAAGUCUGUGACGGUGUCUCCAGUCUGUCAUGUUUGUCUUGGAGGUAGUAAUAUUAUGUCUCGUGUUUUUGUCUUUUUCCUCAAUUUCCUCCACAACUCUAAAGCUCAUUAUUCACAGUCUCAUGCCUGUGUGCUGGUGAAUCCACAUGAGUAAUACUUGCUUUAAGUGAUGCAACAGUUUCUAUGUGCGAGAUUUAAUGGCUCAUUACUCUGCAGGUCUUUGUGCAGCUUUCUCAUUUGUGCCACAAGAUUUUCUUAUCUGCAAUCGCUGUUGCAAAAAACGUCAUGGUUAUUGAAAUAAGGAACUUCUGCACUGUGUACAAUGACCAGUAUUUCCUCUUAAACCAUUUUUUUCCAAAGAGAUUUUCCAAAGCAUUAUUUCCCAGUUGACAAAAACAAAAUCAAACUUGUGACAUUCAUUUGCUUUUCUCAGUAUCUUCUGCAGCGUAGUGAAGGCACAGGUUUUCUUCUCAGACGCUCAACGACCUCUGCGUCGUGAUAUCUUCUCCUCGGAGAUAUGACGAUUCUGACAGUCGUGACACUUAAAAGGAAAAGCCUGCUGCACUGAAAUUCUUGCGCAGUUUCUUCUGCCUUGUCCUCAUCAGAACACGUGACUCUAUUGGUCUUAACUGAAACAAGCUUUGCCAAAAGGUGGCUCGUGUGUGAAGUGAACGAUUCAGUUACUAACUUUGUCAGAAAUUCUGCCCUCAACAUGUCAAAUGGAUAAAUCAGUAUAAUCAAUAACUCUUGAUUUUAAGUGUUGUCGUAUGCCACUGUAUCAACUGAUGUAUUUUUGUGGAGUCAUUGUGCUUCUCGUCUUUUAGUUUCUGUUCAGAAAAUUAGAGGCACAUUUUAAAGGUACGCAAAGAAACACUCGCACUUGUUUUCAACUUUUCAGAGUUUUUGGUACUUUUAAUUUAUUUAACAGAAAUAAAACUAUGUAUAAAGCUGUUUGGUUUUCCUGCUCAA